UACAUUGCCUCCACGCAGCGCCCUGACGGGACCUGGAGGAAGCAGAGAAAGGUGAAGGAGGGAUACGUGCCCCAAGAAGAAGUGCCAGUGUGCCCGACCAACUUUGACCCCUCUUAUACCAUAAGAUGUAACCUGGCGGUAUGUAUUAACUCCCCUUAUAAAUCAUUCUGGUGGGCGGCUUCGGCAGGGCUCCGGGUGUGUCCUGCCUGCGAGGGUAACCUCUGCCGGCCGGCAUUGCUAGUCUCAGGCAUAGAGCUCAGGUACUCGCAAACUGCUCAAAUCCGGAAAUGUUCGAGGUGUGUCUGUUUCAUGGAGGCUCACUCCUCUGGUCCUGGGUGUCAUCUCCCGCCCUGAGGGUGGCGGCCAAGUGCUGUGAUUCCUUUGCCCUUUGGAGUUGUCCCUCAGUGAUGCCGCUGUUCUGGGGGGCCUGAUGGGAGGGGCUGAGCAUUCGUGACUCGUUGGGUGGUGAUUGGGCCAGUGGGUUCUUAGCACCUCCUGUGGUGGGCUGGAUCUGCAGCGGCAAGGCCUUGGGGCGCUGGGUGUGUGCAAUGGGGUUAGAGCGCGUUGGAGCUGAUGGCCGCCGCCUGGACCAGCUGGCUAGCUCCUGUUCUUUGUGCGUGGGAGAGGAAAGUCCUGAUGGUUUUUGUUCUGUGCAGGUAUGAGAAUAAGUAUGUGAAGUUUUUCAAAAGCAAACCAGACCUGCCCCCCGGUCUGAGCCCCGAGGCCAACGUGCAGCCAGGCAAGCAGGCCACCAAGGCGGAGUGCGGCGAGACCGGCCUGUCCAAGACGGCCAAGAGGAACUUGAAACGUAAGGAGAAGAGGAAGCAGCAGCAGGAGAAAGGGGAGAGGGAGACAGACGAACUGAUCCAGUCACUGGAAAAGGCCACCCUCUUGGGGGGCAGCAGCAGGGACAGGGGCCCCCCGGGGGAUGGUAAGUUGGCCCUGCAGCAGGCCUGCGGCGGAACGUCCCUGGGGGACGGGGGGGACUCAGCCUCUGAGAAAACCAAGAAGAUGAAAAACCUGAAAAAGAAGCUGCGGCAGGUGGAGGAGCUGCAGCAGCGGCUGGACUCUGGGGAGAUCAAGCAGCCGACGAGAGAGCAGCUGGAGAAGCUGGCGCGGCGGAAAGCGUUGGAGGAGGAGCUGGAGGACCUGGAGCUGGAUUUGUAAGGGGGGACCCGGGAGGGAGACUCUGAACUGGACUCAAUGCACGCAGGUGAAUGAAUUCUGCGAGCUGUGGUGACCUCGUUGGGCCUGGCUGGGUUUUUUGUUGGGUGCUGCCUGGUUUUUUAAGAACAAUUUUCCCAGCUAUCGAGGUUAGAAACUCGACAACUUUUCACAUACCUCUCUCCUUUUUUAUUAUUUUCUUGGGGGUGGG